CAAAGACUAAUAUUUAGGACCAUGUGCAGAUCGAGCAACAUGGCUGUAGGCUUACCUUGGUUUUUCUUCUGUCUCUUUGCUCUACAUGGGGCACUUGGAUAUUCCAAAACAAAUUUGGAAGAAAAGAUUGAGAAUUUGGAAAAGAAACUGGAACUCAUGUAUGACAUUGUGACCGAAAUAACGUCAGAAAAUGGGGAUCUUAAAACCAGACUGAAGGCUCUGGAGGAUUUGGUGAUCGAUGGAAAACAUUGCGGAAACCGUCAACGUGAACCUUUUAGAGAGUCUGGGAAUCUAAAUGCUGCGCAAAUGACAUUUCCACUUAGAACCAACAGUUCGAAUAACCAAAGUGACAAGAAUAUAGAUGAGCGAAAAGUCACUGAAUCUGAUAUCAGGAAUGAUAUUUCUUUGGAAAGAAAACGAAUAGUGCCAUCCACAUCCACACCAACAGAGGUGAUUGCUUUUCAUGCUUAUAUCUCAAAAGACAACAGUGGUGCUCUACCUAUUCAUCACAUUCUACUGUUUGACGUAGUUCCUUUAAAUAAGGGUAACCAUUACCGCGCUUUUGACGGAAUAUUCAUCGCCCCAACUUCAGGAACAUAUGUGUUUACGUGGUCCAUCAUGUCUGAUGUUCAUGGCAGUGUCCACACGGAAUUGAUGAAAAAUGCUGAAGUUAUUGGUACUAGAUAUGCUGACUCAUUCUCUUCAGCGGUUUGGGAUUUUGCUACGGGGACUGUAGUUGCUGAUAUUCUCCGAGAAGACCACGUGUAUGUACGUCUAGGCGCAAAUUCCCAGAGUAAUGUGCGGAGUCUUUCAGGAAGUAGAACUACCUUUUCUGGUUGGCUUUUAUCUUAA